AUGGCUCGACGUGAACUUGGUUAUUUCAUCCCCAAGAACAAAUGCGCCCCGCUCAUGCUUCAACUAGCGUGGAACGAUGCUGCUACAUACGAUGCAAAAAACAGAUGCGGAGGUCCCAAUGGUUCUAUUAGAUUCAUGACUAAACACGAAGCAAUCAAGGAAUUGGAAAAAGCAGUUCAAUACUGUGAAAUAGUGAAGGUCAAACUUAAACUUAAGAAAGUUUCAUACGCGGACCUUUACCAGCUUGCUGGUGUUGUUGCAGUAGAGGUCACUCAGGGUCCAACUAUUGACUUUGUUCCCGGCAGAAGGGUAUACCCUAUGUGUGAUUCGGAUAAGUGCCCAGGAGUCCAAAGACUCUUUCUAAAUGGUGAAGAAGAUGCAAGGAGUUUAAGAAGGAAAUUUUCUUUUAUGGGACUAAGUGAAGAAAGAGACAUUGUAGUUCUAUGUGGAGGCCACACAUUAAUUAGAACGAUGUAUCCAAAAGUACCCAUGGGAGAGACACCUAAGGGUGAGACACAUAAAGAUCGCUCUAAGUUUGAAGAAAGAAAAUGGACAAAGGACCCUUUGAAGUUUGAUAACUCCUAUUUUAAGGAACUAUUGAGUAAGAGUGCAUCCUUUACGAUGCUUCCGAUGGACUAUGCUUUAGUAGAGGAUCAAGAUUUUCGUCACUAUGUUGAACGGUAUGCAAAGAAACCAGUGCUCUAUUAUGAUUCUAAACACAGUAUCAGUCAAGAACGUAAAUUACGUACAGUAGCAGCAAAAAUUCACACACGCAAAUUCAAAGAGAAGCGUGAAAUAUUACAGAAGCUACAAGCCGUAAUGAUUGUACAAUAA